AUGGCAAACUUUCCCGGUGAAGAUAAUAACGAUGUUCCUAAAAGAAUAGUUAACGCCAUUAGUAUGCGUCCUAUAAAUCACUUGAUACCCAAGGACGACAUUAUUAUGUUGAAUAAUUCACACAUGCGUGCAUCGAUAAACCUUAAGAAGGAAAUUUCUAAAGAUAUAUUCGAACAGGAUGAGAUGACUAAUAUGAUAAAAUCUGAAAUAUCUGAAACGGCUGAAAUAUCUAACAGUAGUCCUUUAGAGAUGAAAUUCAGAUAUCCCCAAAAUAUUAAAUUAGAUGAAGAGACGGACUUAAAAGGUCAACUCAAUUUAUUGAAGGAUCUUUCACCUAUAACUUUACAAUACAUGAACUCAAGGAAAACCUAUGUUGAUCCCUCACAGAUUGUCCAGACACCUAUGGUGUCUGACAGAACAUUUAAAAGAAUUACACACCCGGAAGAAGAGACUUCAAUAGUUGAGGAUAUUGUGACUGAACAGCAGUCAAAAAAGACUAAGAUAUCCACAAAUGUUUCCUUGAAUCAAGAAAACAUCGGUUUACAAUAUAUGAAGGACUUCAAAGAACUGCUAAGAACGAUAGAUACUGAUAACAAUAACGAUAUUGUAGGAAAUACCGAAUUGUGGUAUCCAUUAGGUGACGAUCAUUAUAUUUUAACCGAAUUUUGCUUAAAUAAAAUUAUAACUAUAUUACAAAACAUAUCAAAGAUUCCACAAAUAUGGCCCAAAUUAAAUGUCCAGGAUUUAAUUAAACUUUUGAACUUAGCAACAGAAAACAUACGGCUCUCUAGAGAAUACAGCAACCUAGAUUUUGACAACUCUAUGUUAAAAAUAAUUGGGUUUUUAUCAAUAAAUGUAACAUUUUCAAUAUUUUUGUUUAACAUCGAGGAAAAAAGAUUAUAUCUCGAAGAGUUUGUAUUGGAACCGAUAGAGUUUCUUACGGAAAAUUCUGAUUUUUCUCAAGAUACUCAAAAUAAAGAUAAUGAUCAAAUUAUACAAUUGUUUGAUAAUACCCUAUCAUUAAUACCGAAAUAUAUUCUUUUAAGACCCCAUAUAGAUGAUAGGUUAGUUACAAGGCUAAUUUAUGGUUUCUCUGGAAUAUUAACGGAUGAGGUCUCACAACAGGGGUCAAAUACUAUAAUAAAUAGUACACUCGGGCAUAUCAAGUUAACCUGUUCGAAAGUGUUCAUUUCCUUGUUUGAGAAAAUACCAAAUCAAAGAGAAUUUAUAUUAGAUGAAUUGCUAUCGCAAAUGGAAAAACUGCCACAAAAACGAUUACAGAAAAGACUAAUGAGAUUAGGUAACAACACGUUCAUUACCCACUUUACUUUAACAAUUCUUGAAAUGUUGGAAAAAAUUAACUACUAUGACUACAUUCAGUCUAUAGUAACAGUCGAUAAAAACAUUAUUGACGUGUUGAAUUAUCAUAAAAAAGUUUCAUCUGAACAAAUCUUGCAAUAUAUUGAUCAUAUUGUUGAUUUUAUUUUCAAUAAGUUAAUAGAUCACUUGGCUAAAUAUCGCCAUUGUCUAGAUAAUAUUGUUCAAGACCUAACCAAUGCUUUAUUAUAUGGUACAUAUCCUGUUUCAGAGAGUUUACUUAGUGCAAUUGUUAAUAAGAUGCUAGAAAUCUUUGGGUCCUCCAAGAAAUAUAAUGCCAAUGUCGAAACUACAUGUCUCCAACAGUUAGGACAUAUAGCAGGAACGAUGUUUGAUAUCAAAAGGCAAACCAAACUCCAUGAAGCAAAUAAUCUGAUUAAAAUUUGCAAUUAUCCAGAUAUGCUACCCCAAUGGCUUGGGUCAUUUUCCAAAUAUGUUACUUAUAUCAAAAAAUAUACGUCAAGAUCAUCCGCAUUCUAUUUUGCUUACUGUAUGGAAAUGAAUUCUCUAUUGAAACUAUAUGAUUUAAUGAAAGAUACAACAUCCGAUCAACAAGAAACCAAAGAAACUAUAUUCAAUGCUGUAAACACCUUAAUCAACGAUACAAUCGAAGAACAUAAUAUUGUAACUCCAGAAACUGUCAAAUAUCAUUACUACUCAAUAUUACAUAGUUUUGAGUUAAUUAAUUUAUACGAACCAUAUCUUAAACUGGUAUUAUCUAUCUUAGACGAAGAUAAAAUUAAAUUAAGAUCUGUUGCUAUCAAAAGUCUCUCUACUCUAAUUACAAAGGAUAACAAUGUAUUGUCAAGUCCGAUGGUCAAAACAACAGUAACAGACUUAUUGAGGAAUCCAUCAGCAGCUUCCAUUAAAGAUGCGAUCCUCGAUUUAGUAUCGAUAGGUUCUGCAUAUAUUGGUUUCUAUAAGGAAAUCAAUAUCAACUAUGAUUCAGAUAGCCUCCAGGUUAGAAGACACAUCCUUCGCAUAAAUGAAAAAAUAUAUGAUGAAACAACUGAUCAACAAAUAAAAGUGUUUGUUUUUUCAAGAGUUUUAAUGAAAAUUGAAGACGAGGAAGAUAGCAUCAUUGACUUGGCAAGAGGGACCAUAUUGAAGAAAUGGAUAACAGUUUUGACUGACUUAAAAGAUCUACCAGAAAAGGAAUAUGAAACUUGCUAUGAAAUUAUACAGAUUAUGUCUGGUGUUAUUUCGUUAAGCGAAAAAUGCUCUGAUUUGUUCAGUUGGUUUUUGAACUUCUACCUACUGAAUAAUGAAUAUCAUCCGAUCUCUCGUUACACAGAGAUUAAGGAUAACUUAAAAAUCAUCACUAAUAAUCUUGUACAAAUGAUAAUUGAAUUACAAGCAAAAGAUAUAGAUGAUAUUGAUACAAAAUCACAGAAACAAAAAUUAUUAAAUUUGUUAUCAUUAUUUUCAGAUUCGAUUGUUCCAUUCAUUAGUAAGGAUCACAUAAUUGGACUUUAUCCGUAUAUGGUAACUGAUGCUAAGAGCAAUCUGUAUUUCCAUAUAUUGCAUACUUACAAAAAUUCAAUGGAAAAAUUGAACAACUUUAAACCAAAAUUUUUAUUUGAAUUGGAAACGACAAUACUCACCGCCCUUCCAAAAAUGACUGUAAAGGAAAUUGAUGAGGCUAUCCCAUUAGCAUGGUGCGUCGCAAACCAGCGAAGUGACUUUGGGAGACUUCUAAAGGCAUGUUCUUCAUGCUUCACACUUCUCAAUCCGUAUAUUAAUCUCGCUAAUAAUAAUCCGAAUAAACUUUCAUUAGAUAGCAAAUUACAAAGAUUAUUAUACCUAGCUACUGGUUUUGCGAGAUUUAGCAAUUUCGAUACCUCAGUCACUCAUAUAUCAUAUGUCCCUGAUGGCGAACCAGUCUACGAAUAUGUCGCAAAAUGUAUGUUGAUUUUUUCAAAGGGAAACACUGAUCAUGUAAUUCGAAGAAUUGCGAUAAAAAAUCUAACUAAACUUUGUGGGAAUCAUCCCAGACUCUUCAAUUCGAAACAUAUCCUUAAGGUACUUGAUACAGAAUUCAGAAGCAAAAAUCUUGAUAUUCAAUUAGUUAUUUUAGAGAGUUUUUAUGAUUUUUUCGUACAAGAAGAAAAACAUAGUUUAAGACAAACCGGUGAAUCGUCUUAUAUGUCUUCAGAUAAACAAAGGAAAAAAUAUGCAAAAAUGAAUCAAAAAACAGAAUUUCUAAAUGAUGGUAUUUGUGCCGCAUUGGUAGCUCGUUACAUUCAAAAUAUUCUCAGGAUAUGCUUAUUAACAGACUUCAAAAAUGCUCUAGUAGGAAUUAGGCUACUAAAAUUAAUCCUCGAAUACGGUUAUACUAAUCCAUCUUUAUGUGUGCCUACUGUAAUUGCGUUGUUGUCAUCAACAAAUGUCUACAUAAGAAAAAUAUCAGUUGAUCUAUUCACUAAGUUGAUGGAAAAAUACGAAACUAUGGUUUACAGUGGAUUACCAAAAGGUAUUUUACUUGCUAUCAAGUAUGCGAGAGAUUGUGACUCUACAGAGUAUUAUCAAAAUGAGCAAUUCAUAUCAUUACUCCAGAGCAACAUGACCACAUCUAAAGGAUCUGUAGCAAAGUUUAACAAACGUCUUUUUAACACGAUUGAUAUGCUUCUUGAAGCAUCUUUGAAUGAGUCAACAAUGGAGGAAAAUGUGCAUAUAAUUUUAUUUAUUGCUUCCAAUAUUUCCAAUAUGAGAUUUCAGGACCAAUAUGAAUUACUAGUAUUUAUCAGAAAAGUUGAUAUCAAAUACGAACAAAUGAAGGAAAUUGCGUACUCACAUGGAAAAAUGACUAUGGGAACGUCAGAGUUACUAGGAAAUUCUGUAGCAAAAUCCAAAAUUCGAAACAUAAUUGUCGCAAGUGCGGUAUUUGAAAAGCUAAAGUUACACUUGAUCAAUUUGUAUUCUUUAAAGGAGGAUAUAUUAUUAUAUGAUGAAUUGCAAGAGGAGGAACUUAAAGGGAGACCUGCCAUUUUGAAUAAAACUAUUUCGCAGCCGCUACAAAAUAUUAUUAGAGACGUAAUAUCGAAAUUUGGAGAUGAUGAGGAAUUGAUCGAUUAUUUGGAUAAUCUAGAUUAA